AUGAAAUCAUACGUAAUCUACUAUACUCGUCAACUGGAUGCUGCCAUAUCAAGGUGGGAGAGCACCACGGUAUCUGAACAGACUUUCUUAAUUUUGACUAAUUUACAAGCUAAUGCAACCUACUUCCUCAAAAUUCGAGCCGUAAAUGCGGCUGGAUUAGGCCCAUUGAGUGAAGCUGCCACUAUCAUCGUAACUCCUGGGCUGCCACCAGCUCCGCAGGAUUUGAUAGUCUCCAAUCGUGGAUCUACUAGUCUUGAGCUAAAGUGGCAAUCACCAAGUCUUACAAAUAAUAUUCACCUAACGGGGUAUACGCUUAAAUAUCGAGCGGAAUCAGACAGCAAUCAUAAUCCCCCUGGCUGUAUUGAAACGCCUGCUCCAAAUAGAGAAAGCUUUACUAUCAAAGGCCUCUAUCCAAAUACCCGCUAUUUUAUUUCAUUGCAAGCAGUUUCGCGUGCUGGAGAAGGCAUAGCAGCUCAGAUCUCAGAACGUACUCUUCCUGAAUGUAAGUACUGA